AUGUCGGGAAGGAGCAUAUUCUUUUGUGUUUUUCUAUUGCUGAGUGUUUGCAUGGGCAUCAUUACUGCCACGGCAAGGGAACUCAAAAGAGAAAACAAGAAGUUGUUUGGUACGUCAUCAACUCUAUCAUGGUGGCAUCAUCGUCAUCCACCCCGAUGGUGGUGGCAUCAUCAUCGCCCAUACUAUGUACCUUCAAUUGGAUGGUGGCUUCGUCACAAACACCACCCAAUAAAACCAUCACCACCGACUCACGUGGCUCCAUUUCCAAUUGAUAAUGGUAUUCCUCCAUUGCACAUGACUUCACCAACUCAUCCACCGCAAGUGGCUCCGUCCCAUGAUGCUGUGAUUUCGCCACCGCACACGACUCUACCACCAACUCAGCCACCACAUGCGGUUCCACCGACUUCUUGCUCUAUGCUUCCUAUCAAGGUGAAUGGUUGUGUACCUGAUUUGAUCACUUCAUUUAUCAAAGGUAAAGUUUCAUCAUCCACACAAUGUUGCAAAGUCGUUUCAAGUAUUUCGGAUGAAUGCUUUGACAAAGGGCUCACGCUCUUCAGAAUACCAAGUUUUCGAAGAAAAAUGAGGAACUAUUGCACUCAUCAUCAAUG